AUGGCAUCCGGACGACAGAGCUCACGGGAAGUGGAAACGGAAGCGGAAGCGGAAACGGACAAGACCUUGGCCAACAUUGAACCGGAACCGGACAAGACCUUCGCCAACAUCGUGUCGGCGUAUACCUCCCGCUUCGGCCAGAACGACGACCAGACCACCGUGACUGAAGAGCAGCGCACCAAAAGACAAACUGCGGCGGCUGAACUGGCAGACUCAUACUACGAUUUCGCCAGCACCGCAUACGAGAACGGCUGGAGCACCCACUUCCACUAUACGCCGUUCGCACCGCACGACACGAUCCAGUCGGCCCUGGCGUUCUACGAGCACCGUCUCGCCCUGCUGAUGGGACUGCGACCCGGCAUGAAAGUCCUCGAUGUCGGCUGCGGCAUUGGCGGCCCGGCUCGGGAGAUUGCGAAAUUCGUCGGGUGCGAAGUCGUCGGUGUCACUAUCAACCAGGCCCAAGUCGAUCGGGCUAUCUAUCUCACUGCCCUGGAGGGGUUGAGUGGGAAAUGUACUUUUGUCAAGGCUGAUUUCUUGAACCUCCCCUUCGCACCAUCCUCUUUCGACGCCGCCUACGCCAUCGAAGCCACCGUCCACUCCCCGUCCCUGCAAAAAGUCUACACGAACAUCUGGCGCGUCUUGAAACCCGGCGCCGUCUUCGGUCUCAGCGAAUGGGUCAUGACGGAGAAGUUCGACCCUUUGGAUCCAAAACAUAUCGGCAUCCGCAACCGGCUGGAACGCGGCAAUGGCCUGUGUAAUCUCCACACGAGCGAGCAGGCGCGCGCGGCUAUGAUCGGUACGGGCUUUGAUGUUUUUCAUGAUGAAGACUAUGCACAGCAUUUCGCAUGGUUAUCGGCGAAGCGAGGAAAUGGAGAUGGCAAUGGCACUGAUAUCCGGCUUUACAACCAUAACCAUAACCAUGACCAUACCUCGCAGAAUGAACAACAUCAACUUCAACAACACCAUCAUCAUAUCUACCUUGAUUCUCCAGUCUUGGUUCCCUUUCUUGCAGACCCAAUUCCUGCACACCCAGUGCACCAAGCAACAACAACAUCACCAUCAUCAUCACAAUCACAAUCAUCGCCGGCAACGAAACGAACCACAACAAACGCCUCAACGUCAUAUUCAUCGUCAUCAUUGAACCUACGACCCGCACCGCCAUCUUCAACUUCAACUUCAAAUUCAACUCCCUCGAGGCUCAUACCACCCCAUCGCAACUGGUGGUGGCCCCUCGAAGGCAACACGGCCCAGGCCACCACUUGGACCGACUACUUCACCGCAUGGAAGAUGUCCAAAUGGCCGCGGCGGAUCUGUUACGCUGUGCUCUGGACUCUGGAGCGGCUGGGCGUGGCUGAUCGUGGGACUUGUGCCGCUAUGACCACUUUGGCGUAUUGUGUCGAUAGUGCGGUCGAGGGGGGGCGGGAGGGAAUCUUUACGCCGUGUUGGUGGUUUAUUGGGAGGAAAGGAGGAGAAGAAAACAGAGAAGGAGAAGAAGAAGGAGGAGGAGGAGGAGGAGGAGGAGGAGGAGAAUUAAAAGAAGGGAGUGAGCAAAAUAUACUAUACUAUACUAGUAUGGAUAGAUAG